GCAAACAGUGGAUGCCGGGCCCUGGCCGCAGCCACGCUCCAGCCCGCACAGUCGCAGGAGGGCUGCGCUCCGGGCUGCCCAGGAUGAGGCUGCUCUUCCCGGCCCUGGUGCUGGCCCUGCUCGCCGCUGCCUGGGCUGCUGAAGACUCCUGUGUGGGCCGCUGCGAGGAUGGCUUCAACGCGCAGCGCAAGUGCCAGUGCGACACCCUUUGCAUGUACUACCAGAGCUGCUGCAGCGACUACUCCACCGUCUGCAAAGCCAAAGUGACCCGAGGGGAUGUGUUUGCCUUGCCGGAGGAUGACUACCUUGACUACAACCUCACCAUCGACUUGGGCACGCCAGAGAGCACCAUGGCAGACACCACGGAACUGCCCACACCCCCGUUGUCGGUGCAGCCUACACCGCAGAGCAAGCCAGACCCUGAGGAGACAGUGGAUGUGCCUCUGGAUGAUGUGGUCAGCACCACACCAGAUGAGGUCGGGGAGCACGACCCCGUGGAAGAGCCUGAGGAGCUGUGCAGCAGGAAACCGUUUGAUGCCUUCACCGACCUGAAGAAUGGUUCCAUUUACGCUUUCCGAGGGAAGUACUUCUAUGAGCUGGACGAGACAAGUGUGCGGCCUGGCUACCCCAAGCUCAUCAGCGACGUCUGGGGCAUCGAGGGCCCUAUCGACGCAGCUUUCACACGCAUCAACUGCCAGGGCAAGACUUACCUCUUCAAGGGCAGCCAGUACUGGCGCUUUGACGAUGGAGCCCUGGACCCCGGGUACCCACGCAACAUCUCCGAGGGCUUUGAAGGCAUCCCGAACAACGUCAACGCGGCCUUCGCCCUCCCGGCGCACAGCUACCAUGGCAAUGAACGAGUCUAUUUCUUCAAGGACAAGUACUACUGGUCCUAUGACUUUGCCAACCAGCCCACGCAGGCCGACUGUGAGAAGUCCUCCCCCUCCACCGUGUUCAACCACUAUGCCUUCCUGAACCGUGACAGCUGGGAAGACGUCUUCCAGAUCCUCUUUGGUGGCAGAAUGACGGGGGCGAGCAGUCCGCGGUACAUCAGCAGGGACUGGAGGGGGGUGCCCAGCCGGCUGGAUGCCGCCAUGGCCGGCAGGAUCUACGUGGCCUCCCACCAGCCCCGCAGGAGGAAGUCUCGCCGCCAGCGCAAGAGGUACAAGAGCCACCGGUCACUGAAUUUGGGGUUCUGGGGCUGGCUGCAAAACGACUCUGACUCUGCGGGUGUUGAAAGCGACUGGCUGUCCGGUUCCCAGUGCGAGACCCUCCAGAGCGUCUACUUCUUUGUAGGAGACAAAUACUACCGCGUCAACCUGCGCACCAAGCGCGUGGACCUGGUGCAGCCCCGCUACCCGCGCUCCAUCGCCCAGUACUGGCUGGACUGCCCGCAGCCGGGGGAGGAGAGCACCUGAGUGGCACCACCGCAGCCACCCGGCAGCACAGCCCCUAGCUAGACAGAAAUAAACUGCGAGUGCUGUGCA